AUGAAUAGUAGUUUAGGGACCCCUAAAAAGGUUUUUGAAACCCCUGUCCGCCCAAUUUCGACUAGACAGUUUGAAUCUUUGCGGGAGAAAGUUUGUAAAGAUUCUCCUGGGUUGUAUAAGGCGCGGUUACUUACAGACCCCACGAUGACGAAGUUUAUAUCAAGAUCUGUUGGUGCUACACCCAGUAGUGUAUUCGAUAGAAAAGAGGCUAAAAAUAAUAUGCCGAAGCUUGCUGGCGAGCGAGGUUUGUGCUAUGAGCAAAAGGAGGUGUAUUCUAGAGGAGCAGUCGAUGAGAUUCAAACGCAACAAGAAAAUCUUCCGAACAAGAAAAGCAGUGGGAUAACUGCAGACAAGGAAUUACAAACUAUUGGGAGCUACGAGAAUCCUAUUUUGGAAGUGUUCACACGGAGGGUUGUGAAUAAGGAGUUGGAAAUCAAGAAGAUUAUUGUGAAUAUUGCAUCAUUGUUUGUAUGGAACUUAUGUUACAAGUUUUUGGUGUUUUUCUUGUAUUAUACUAAAAAGGGCAAUUACCUGUGUAAACGGAUCAACCAGGUGUUUCUGGCACAUAUAGUGUUCAAAAUUUACCCUCAUUUGGAUUUAGAUUCUGGGUGGCUUAAAAUUUGGCGUCUAAGCAAUGUGAGCCGGUUAGUCCAUAUUGUCUUCUUCAUCAAUGUAUUAACAUCUCUUUACAUGUUGUUGGUAAAGUCACAGAACUUUAAGGUCAGUGACCUAGGCCUAAACGAGAGGCAGAAACAGCUUUUAGGUGUUACAGAUAAGGAUAGUCGUGAAACGUUACUACCGGAAGGGCUCCUUUACAAAAGCAACCCCCGUUUGAAUUUUUCAAGCGAGAAUAAAAAGGUCGAUAGCUCUAAAGACGUCACAGAGCACUCCGCUCCGACUCAGCCAUUCCUAUUUAAGUCGCUACAAACUCCACUUAAAGCUUCAGAAAUCAGUAAAGGACAGCAGCAACAGAAAAAAAUUCUAGAAUCAAGCUCGGCUUUUGUAAAUAAGAUCAACGCGUAUGAUGAUCUAAGGAAAUCUGUGCUGAUGAGCAGAUCAGCGAUUACUCCUCCUCCUGUGAAUAAUAUUGUCUCGUCACCCUCUAUCAGACCGACAUCGGGGUAUAUUCCAAGUAGUAAAUAUGCUUAUAUGAUGGACUCUCCUAGCCCAAGAAAGAGGCUGUAA